AUGGAGGGAGGGAGGGAGGGAGACACCCCCACCUCCCCGUGACUGGGAGUCUCAGAGUCUGGCUUUGAGCGCCUCGCGCGCCUUGUAGUCUCCGCCGAGAGGAAUCUUAGUUCUAGAAGGGACCUUUGCAGUCUCAGCCCCGACGGAUUUUUGAGAGGUAACUCUCAACAGCCAGCACAUGUUGCCUUCUAAUGCUUCUCGAAUCCUAGGAUUUCAGAGGGAAAUCUUUUCAACGAAAUGAGAAGUGCUUUGGGUUGCGUGUGCAGGAGGGCUUAGGGAAUAGAAGGCUGUUUUGUUUCCUGGGCGUGAAAUUUCAUGCACUUACUUGGCGUGGGACCACCCCACAGCAUUCUCUGUUCGCAGUAUUCUCCCAGUUUGGCCUUCUGUAUUCGGUCCGAGUCUUCCCAAACGCUGCAGUGGCCCGUCCUGGUUUCUACGCCAUCAUCAAGUUUUACUCAGCAAGGGAUGCUCACAGAGCCCAAAAGGCAUGCGACCAGAAGCAGCUUUUUCAGAAUUCUCCAGUGAAGAAAGUGGUAAAAUAGCUGUGGAAUACAGACCCUGUGAAGAGAUCCCAGAUGCCAGUACUGAAGACGAGCUACAGGAUUUCAUUCAAAAAUUUCCAAGGAAACUCUAUUUCUUACAUUGAUGAAAAUGUAUGGAAGGGAUACCAUUGGGCUGAGAAACUAAUUCUCAGUGAAAAUUAUCUGACCGAAUUACAUAAAGACACAUUUGAAGGCCUGCUAUCCCUCCAGUAUUUAGAUUUAUCCUGCAAUAAAAUACAAUCUAUUGAAAGACGUACAUUUGAAUCACUACCUUUUUUGCAGUUUAUAAAUCUUGGUUGCAAUUUACUCACCGAACUGAGCUUUGGAACAUUUCAGGCCUGGCAUGGAAUGCAGUUUUUACACAAGCUAAUUAUCAGUCGUAACCCUCUGUCAGCUGUUGAAGAUUCCUAUCUUUUUAAGUUGCCAGCAUUAAAAUAUUUAGACAUGGGAUCAACACAGGUGUCACUUACAACAGUUGAGAGCAUCCUCAUGAUGACCCUUGAAUUGGAAACACUGAUAUUACCUAGCCGUAUGGCCUGCUGUCUCUGCCAAUUUAAAAAUACUAUUGAGGUUGUCUGUAAGACAGUCAAGCUACAUUGUGACAGUGCAUGUCUGACAAAUGGCACACGUUGUGAUCAGGAAGUAUACCUAAGGAAUGCAGAAGGAUCAUUCAUGAAGGUAUUGAAAGCUCGAAAGAAGAGCACCAGCACGGAGCUGACUAUUGAGCCAGAGAAGGCAUCCUCAGACAUAGAUCGUGUCAGUUUGUCAGCCUUUAUGAAUGAGCAGCUAGACUUCAAUGACAAAAGUGAUGUCAUUAGUGCACUGAAUUACAUAUUGCCUUAUUUCUCGGAGGGCAAUCUAGAAGACGUAGAAUCGACGCUGUUACCGUUCAUUAAACUUCUGUUUUCAAAUGUGCAAGAGGGAGACAAGCCCGUGGGUCACUCGAUGAACGACACAGGGGACCCUUCUCUUAAACCUGGAUCCAACAAUUCAACUUACAAGAAUAAACUGAGAAAACUCUACCUUCUGGAAAAUUUGUUAGAUGCAGAAAUUCAGGAAAAAAUUGAUGAGGUGAAAAAGAAAGAAAAAAUGGCCAUGCUUAUACAUUCCAGCCUUUUAGGUCCCAAGUUUAAACGUCAAAUCUUUCCAAAGAAAUUGGAAACUGCCCAACCGCAGGAGAAGAGCCUAGAGGAGGUUGAGAGUGUGGGGAAAAAGUUCCUGAGAGUGAAAAAGGUCAUCAAGGGCCCCAAGGGCAUACGGAAAAGGCACUUAAAAGAGCUGAGACGUCAGAACAUCCAGAGGAAACAGAACGCCCAGCCGUCUGUGGAAAACAUGGACAAGGAACAAAGGCUCAGGAGACCAUCCCCAGGGGAGCUUCACGUGGCGCACAGGCCCAGCAAAUUAGUGGGAAGCUCCUUCAAUACAGAGCCUUCGUUCAUAGAGGAGCACAAGGCAGCGGUCUCUUCUUUCCUGAAGCAAUACUCUUUGGGCAGGCCUUCUGCCACCCCCGCUCCAAAAUCCCCACCUGACGUGAAACAAAAAUCAAAAGACUUAGUGUACACUAAUUUUCUUUUAGAAGAUGCAAAUGCUAGAGUUAGAAAUAUGAAGGCUUUCGGACCAGCCUCACACCCCAGAAAAACACACCGCUUUCAUAAAAGUCGCUCCCGUGUGGUCCACAGAACACCCAAGGCCAAACUGAAUCGAAAGUCCAGAAAGGAAAGUUCACUCAGUAAUAGACAGCUGCUUGCAAAGAGGCCUCCAUCCUCUGCAGUCAGGAGCCUCAUAAAUUCCCCUUCACGAGAGGAUUUUUCAUCUCCGGGAGAACUGAGUCCUCAGAAAAAUCCCUUUCCAGAAUUAUUUGCUCCUUCAGGAACUUACAGAGAAAACACUACUGUAGAGAACACUACUGCCCAAAAUGUUUCUGAAGAAAAUAUUUCUACAGGAAACACUACUGUGCCAGAACAAACCCUCCCUGAAUUCACAAACCGUAAGAAUCUUUCCACUGCUAAUUCUACUGUUACUGCAGACAACUCUAUGCCGACCGUUAAACAAACCAAUGAUACACAAUGGGAAUACCACAAUGCGGGCACUGGCUUGCCCCCAAAAGCCACAGGCUUCACUGUGUCAAAGCUCUCGUCCUCAGGUGAUCUGUUUGAAAUUCAGUUAAACCAGCAGCUACAGUCCCUCAUCCCCAACAAUGACGUGAGAAGCCUCAUUUCUCAUGUUAUCCGGACUUUGAAAAUGGACUGCUCUGAGACCCACGUGCAGCUGGCCUGUGCCAAGCUCAUCUCCAGAACAGGCCUCCUGAUGAAGCUUCUCAGCGAGCAGCAAGAAGUAAAGGUGUCCAAGGCAGAGUGGGAUACGGACCAAUGGAAAAACGAGAAUUAUAUCAAGGAGAGCACAGAAGUCCAGAGUGAACAGAGAGGGCAGGAGUCAAGGGAGCUCACAAAAGAAGUUCCAGGCUAUGGCUAUAACAACAAACUCAUCUUGGCAAUAUCUGUGACUGUAGUAGUGAUGAUUUUGAUCAUAGUUUUCUGUCUCAUUGAGAUUCAUUCUCAUAGAGCAGCAGCCAAGGAAGGUAAAGAAGGAAGCUCAAGGGGCUUCUUUGGAUCUCUGCUGCGUAAGAGAUGCUCAAAGGAAAGUGACAAUCAGGAGGGCUUUUUCUGGAGAAGGCGGCCACUUUGGCUUAGGGACAUGUACAGACCUCUCAAUGCCACACGCAAGAAAAACAUGGCACAGAAGCUACACGACAAGGAUUCUUCUGAUGAAGAUGAGAUUUUCAACAAGGAACUAGGGGAGACUGGCAAAGCCACAGCAGAGAAGGCUCAGGCCACAGAUUCCACUACUGAAGAGCUGGGUGACGAGAGUGAGACACUAUAUGAGAUUGUCACAGAGUGAACGCCGUCCUGCCUCAGGCCACCUACAAAGUUUACUUUCCUAUACUGGCUUCUCAGCAUUGCUCGUAAAAUACUUGUUUUUCUCAAUAAAAUGUAUAAAUCCAUAACCAAUUCUAGCCACGUGGUAAGGAACUAAAACGUAAACAGUUAAAUAUUUAUCUACAGACAACAGGGACCACAGGCGAGAGAAGCAGGACUGAAGCCAGAGUCCCUCGUGGUAGCCAGUAUUUCCACAAGACACAGUAUGGGCAAAGUAGGGUGAAUGGGGCGUCUUUCCCUCAUUUCCCUGAUACAGUCAGUCUCUGGAAACUGGAAAACAUAUCUUCAAGGGGCUUAGACUAUUAAGUUAAUUAAGAGCUUAUUCUGGUGCUCUCUCCCCUGGCUCACCAAAUACCAGUUAUUCACAACGCGCUUGACCCCCUGCCCGUAGAGGAUCAUCUCUUUCUGGCCCCUCCGUAAGGUCCUUGGGGUUGCCAGAAUAUUUGGAUCGCUGAGCCUACCUCCACUGUAGGGCUGAGGCCUGUCUUUCUUCCCAAGAGCUCAAACUCAGACACAAAAUGUGUAGUUGGAAGUAGGGUGUUCCUCAACCUUACAAGCUAGUAGAUGAUUCCCAUUGGGUUUUUUUGUUUGUUUUCUUUAAAAAAAAAAAAAAAAAAAGUCCCCACCCUCA